CAACGGCCCCUAUUUCUUAGUUACAUUUAAAUCUAAAGCACAGGAGAACUGAAAAAGUGAAGUGAUAAUGUGUCCGGCGUGUCUGUAUGUCAGCAGGACAGAACAGCAUAGAGACGUAUUUCUGUAUUUUCUCUGUAUGUCUCUCAUUGGUGGUCAACCGACUUCUCCUAGUCUGCAUGCUGAUUACAGUUUGUAUAAUGUAAUAGGACUCUUGCCCCUUGAUCGACCCGUUUACAGCCUACGUCAUCGAAAAGCUGCGUGCGCAGUUUGGUAACGGAAGUACUAUUUUACCCCGGCCGGACAAGUUAAAAGCGUUAAAUAAUACCGUCAACAGCACCCAAAUGUCGGGUUGUUGUGUGAAUGGUUGUCGAAAUCGGUAUUCUAAAGGCGGACUCAAGUUCUACAGGAUACCUACCGGAUCGAGACCAUUUCAAAGCAACCGAAGGCGGCUGUGGCUUCAAGCUAUCAAGCGUGUAGACUGGACUGAGACCACGAUCAAAAAUGCUCGCAUCUGCGGUGCCCAUUUUAUAUCAGGUGAAGCAUCGUUGGACUGGCGUAGUCCUGAUUUUGUGCCUUCUGUGUUUGUAUACACAAAACAAAGCCAGAAACCCGAGGCAAAGAUGGAAAGGAAUCAUAGGAAAAGGAGGAGAGAUGACAUGGUUAACAUCCCACCAGAUCAACCUGGCCCUUCUGAAACUCCAGAACAAGAAACCAGCAUGGAUGAUUGUCCUGUGAUGCCUCAGCAGCUGCUGGUGGUUAAAGAAGAGGAUCUCCCUGAGCAGCAGGAGCUGAUCUCCAGUCUGGACCAGGAGGAGCCAGAGCCCCCACACAUUAAAGAGGAGCAGGAGGAACUGUGGACCAAUCAGGAGGGAGAGCAGCUUCAUGAUGUCACCCAGUUCCAAUUCUUUCCUGUCACUGUGAAGAGUGAGGAUGAGUUGAUGCCUCAGCAGCUGCUGGUGGUUAAAGAAGAGGAUCUCCCUGAGCAGCAGGAGCUGACCUCCAGUCUGGACCAGGAGGAGCCAGAGCCCCCACACAUUAAAGAGGAGCAGGAGGAACUGUGGACCAAUCAGGAGGGAGAGCAGCUUCACGAUGUCACCCAGUUCCAAUUCUUUCCUGUCACUGUGAAGAGUGAGGAUGAUGAAGAGAAAGUCCAGUCCUUACAGCUUCAUCAAAGCCAGCCUGAGGGGAAAGGAGAGGUGGAGCCUUUAGUGAGCGGCUCAACUAAACAGAUGGAAACAGAUGCUGAUGGAGAGAAACCGUCCUCCUGCUUUGUGAGCAAGAGCACAGGAGAGAAUCAAUGUACUUGCGAUGUGUGUGGUACAAGCUUUGAACAAAAAGAACAUUUAAACACACACAUCAUGAUGCACAAGAGAGAGAAACCAAAUUGUUGCUCAGUCUGUGGCAAAAGUUCUACAAGGAAAAGUGACUUAAACAGUCACAUGAGAAUCCACACAGGAGAGAAACCAUUUAGCUGUUCAGUCUGUGGUAAAGGUUUCAGAUGUAAAAGUAGCUUAAACACACACAUGAGGGUCCACACAAAGGAGAAACCAUUUAGCUGCUCACUCUGUGGUACACAUUUUAGACAGAAAAGUGCAUUAAACAGUCACAUGAGAAUCCACACAGGAGAAAAACCAUUCAGCUGCUCACUCUGUGGUACACAUUUUAGACAGAAAAGUUCCUUAAACGUUCAUAUGAGGGUACACACAGGAGAGAAACCGUUUAGCUGCUCACUCUGUGGUAUUACUUUUACACAUAAAAAUGCCUUAAACAUUCACACAAGAGUCCACACAGGAGAGAAACCAUUUAGCUGCUCACAGUGCGGUACAAGUUUUACACAGAAAAGUGCCUUAGACAGUCACAUGAGAAUCCACACAGGAGAGAAACAAUUUAGCUGCUCACUCUGUGGUAAAUGUUUCACAUUUAAAGGCAAUUUGGACAAACACAUGAGAAUCCACACAGGAGAAAAACCAUUUAGCUGUCUGGUCUGUGGUAAAGGUUUUAUGCAGAAAGGGCACUUAAACAGUCACAUGAGAAUCCACACAGGUGAGAAACCAUUUAGCUGCUCACUCUGUGGUGCAAAUUUUACACAGAAAAGUUCUAUAAACAUUCAUAUGAGAGUCCACACAGGAGAGAAGCCGUUUAGCUGCUCACUCUGUGGUACAAGUUUUACACAGAAAAGUGCCUUAAACAUUCACAUGAGAGUCCACACGGGAGAGAAACCAUUUAGCUGCUCAGUCUGUGGGAAAGGUUUCACAUUUAAAAGUAACGUUAACAUUCACAUGAGAGUUCACACAGGAGAGAAACCAUUCAGCUGUUCUGUCUGUGGUAAAAGUUUUGCCUUUAAAAGUAACGUAAGUAUUCACAUGAGAGUUCACACAGGAGAGAAACCAUUUAGCUGCUCAGUUUGCGGUAAAGGUUUUACACAGAAAAGUGUCAUAAAGAAACACAUGAGAGUCCACGCAAAAGACCAUCCGUUCAGUUGUAACGUGUGUAAGAGACAGUUCAGCAGACGUAGAGAUGUCAGAGGGCAUAAGUGUACUGGUGAAAGUAGCAGCAGGUGAAGCUGCAGAGUGGCUGGUUGAGCUGAAUAAUCAAACAGUACCAGGACAACAAACUAGACACAGUGUACUGCAUCAGUCAGGGGGAAGUCCAAACCCUUUGUAGUCAGUGUUGUGGUUAGAGAUGCAGGCUGCCUCGCUGAACUGCUGCAGCUCACGUGUGUGUGGUGUCCACACAGACUGCACCAGUCCUGUCUUUUUAUGUUGACUGUGUCUUAGAUAAUGGCCCAUAUCAUUUUUUAUAUCUCUGGAAUAGAAGGUUACAGCAACAUGGGACCAAGAUUUACCUCUUCAGCAUCCCUGAAAACCCACACAAGCAUCGUCUCCAUUUUCUCAAUUGAAGUGAGAAAGUGGAGGCUAUGCUUGCUUCAGUGGCUAAAAUAAUUUAUUAAAAAAAUAGAUGUUUUUCAUGUCUGUGAUAUAUUCUACAGAUACAGAUAUCAGUGGCCAGAUUUAGUUAUGUAGUUCUGGUGGUAUGCUGUCAAUAUGACCAUCAACAGUUUAUUCAGUCUGUUAUCAUGAUCUUGCAGUAAAGACAGUUCUCUGUGCUAAAACAACUUGCUUUGAGAUGUUUCCAAUUCAUUCAAACACAGUUGUUUUAAAAUGAUAGUUUUAGCAUGCUUGAUAUUACCAAGAGAAGAGAAGAUUCCUGCACACUGUCUUAACACUUGCAAUAAACUUCACCUGAUGCAGGACUAAGUGCUGGACCAUUGUGUUCUUAAUAAAGCUUACUUCAAGUGUUCAGACAGUGUGUGGGAAUCUUCUCUCUUGGACAGAUCUUCCUACACACCUGUCUACAAGAAACUGAGGCUAUGAGUGAGCCUUGGUUUCUUGUAAACACCAUGAAAUCGGUAAGAUUAACCAGGUUUCAGAGAUAAAUAAACUACAUUGAAAAAACACUAGCACUUUGGAAUGUAAUAUUACAGAUUCCUCAUUUUUGGAUUUAUUAAAGUAUAUAGUGACAGGUUUAUUGCAAAAUAUUUAAAAUAUUACAGUACAGUAAAACUAAAAGUGUUAAUAGUUUUUUCUACAAGUUACAUGUAGAAGUGAGUUCUCUUUUGCUGUACAACCCUGGACCGUGAACCUCUAUCUGAAUAAUGUUCAGUGUGCUAAACAGUAGCAUUCAGCUUCCAACAGAAAAAUGACAAUCUGGUACAGCAAGCAUUCAGUCUAUGAAAAACUAGCCCUCAUUCCCCUGCACUCCUUUCCCCUAUAAAUUUCCUUCCCACCCACCCCUUUUUCCUCAUUUUUUCUUCCAUGUUCGUUCCCUCCUCCUCCUCUAUGUAUUUUGUAACUUAAAUUUUUCCCCAUUCUGACUUCUGCCUCUCCUCGUCAAAUUUCACCUUUAUAUAUUCAUAAAAGGACUGUGCACAUUAAUGAACAUUUAACAAACUGUAAAUGCACCCAAUUUAGCAAGUAUGCUACUUUCCACUAGUAGUCCCUCUGUCUGUUACAGGGCAGCCUAAGACUACAAAGACAUUGUAAAAGUGAAGUACAUUAGGCAUUUAGAAAUGACAGUAACUCAGAGUUAAAACAACCCUGUAACCUUUCCCCAGAAACACAUACAUCAGGUCCAUCAUAUGAUCUGUUACUGAGGAACAUGCAGACAGUUUUCUGAUAUUAUGCUGGAGUUGUUUACCAGAAGGUGACACCACUCAUUGCAUGGGGAAGCUUUAUGCAACCAUAUUUUGCCACGUUCAAUAUUACAGUAUUGUCUGCAGUGAUACUGGGCUUUAAAUAAACCUGAGCUUGAACUUGAGAGAUUGCCAUUGAUACUCAGUUGAAUUGGCCUAAUAAUAUUUUGCCCUGUUGUCUUCUUUAUUUGAUUCCAAAUCAUUUCCCCAUUCCCCCUUUUGUUCCUUAGUGUUGUAAAUGCUGCUCUAUAAUGGGUUAAGAUUUCACAGACAGUUUUAGAGCAGGUCUUGUUCUUUCAUCAGUUUUCAAAUACUCUCAUUUAUCCAGGGAAAUGAUAACUUUCUACUUUUGUCUGACUUUGUGUGUGAAUUCCUUAGUUAUACUAUGUAAUUUUUCUGUAUAGAGCUGACAUCCCGCUUAAUAAACUUUAAA